ACUCAUAUCCAUGUGCCAACAUCGCGCUCAAAAUCGCAGUGUCCGCGAACAGGUGCAGACAAUGUGUAUAGUUUGUACUGCCGUAGCAAUAUGGUAGCGCAGCUUCGUGUCGUCUGCGAGUGAUCCUCGUCGGCAGGUUCGGAAGCAGGCGAUACAGUUCUGUCGUCUGCUAUAGUUUGGAAGCAGACGACACGCUUCCUCACCGGAUUUUUCGUCGAUGACUUCUACCCCUUACGAUUCCUUGACAGAUCUGACCAGACGCAAAAUCACGUGACAUCAACGAGUAGACGGGAAAAAAAGGAGGAACUGGUCGUAACCAGAUCCCCAUCUGGUUCUCCGCAACAGUUUCACCGAAUCCUGCAGCAACAACGUCCCUGCAUGGUCAUCUCGGCGAGUCUGCAACCGCGAGACUCGAUGUCUCCCAUCUACGAGACCUGAGCGGCUCUUGGAGACUCUGCAGAUUUUCCAAUGACCACCUCCCGUGAUGGCGGGUCCCCGGAUCCCCCACUGAAGACCUGCUUUCCAGGAGGUGCUUCGUGCGCAGGCAAGCUCUCCUCCUCUUCCCCGAAUCCUCCGGUAGCCCGUGAGGUCAUCGGUGUUCUAACCGCGGUUGGCGCCGGCCUCUGCCUCACUCUCGGCGGCCUCUUCGUCAGCCUCGUGGUGCACGUCCCCGCCUUGACCGUGAGCGGCGUUCGGAGCACCUUCGCCGUCUUCUACCUCCUCCCCUUCCUCCUCUACUUCCGGCCGCAGCUGGUUCCCAAGAGCGGACGCCUGGAACUAGCCGGAGUUUCCGUGAUCUUCGCCUUCAAGUUCCUGACGUUCACGUUGGGCAGCGUCAAAUUACCCCUCGCCGAGUUCUCCCUCCUCCUCAACACCACUCCGCUAUUUGCUGCGCUACUCAGCUGCCUCUUCCUGCGCGAGCCCUGCGGUUCGCGAGAGACCGUGGGAGGAGCAAUAGUGCUAGCUGGUGUCACCAUAGUCUUCCUGCCGAGCCUACUCAUUCAGCAGUUCACGCCCCUAGAGCCGCCCACUCCUUUCAUUUCUACACCCGCACCCAUCCUUACUUCCCGGCUCACUACCCUGCCCGUGACCCUCUCCACGCUGCCCCUUACCACACGGGUAACGAGUCCUCCUGCUUCGCCGUCCCAGCUAACCACGCUCCCUGUGACCACCACCCCAUCGAGUCUCACGACAAAGAAUGCCACGAGCAAGCCCCUCUCCACGACUACGGGUCGGAGCACCGUGACAGCACCUCGUACAAACACCUCUACUACCCCGCAACCCCAAGGCAACGUCACUUCUGCCCCGCAGACCCACAGUAAUGUUACCUCGCACCCUUUGCCUCAAACUACCAAACUGCCACCAAGUACCAACGAUACUGCCGUUCGAAACACAAAUAUCUCUCUCGUGCAAACUUCAAAGCUAUCUCCCCUCCUUGCCAGCUUAGCCGCCAAGUCCUCGAUGACUUCUGCAACUGGAAUCAGCCUGACGCUGCUGUCGUCCAUCGCGAAUGCCGUCGUGCUUGUGUGGCUACGUCGGCUGUGUGACAUCUCGCCCUUGGUGAUCGCAUUUUGGGCUUCGUUGACGACCACCAUCAUGUGCCUGCCCAUUGCCCUCAUCCUCGGACAAUUGGGAACCUGGGAUGUCCUUUCCGACGUCCUGUACAUUGCCCUGGCUGGAGCGACCUGCCUGCUCUCUUCGUACCUUCCAGCCGUGGCCUGCUCGCUGACCCAUGCCGGACGAGUCGCGAUAGCCAUGACGUCCGGCGUCAUUUUCUCCUUUGCGCUUCAAGCUAUCGUGCAGAUGGUAGCUCCGACACCGUGGUCUCUCGUGGGGGGUGGAUUCAUCGUGGCGGCCGUGAUCAUCACAAACGUUGACGUCAGCGAGAUUACGGCGAGGUGUGACAAGCGAGUGUGCGACGACUCCGCUGCCGAUCACUCUCCGCUCAGGGACAACGUCAAGCAAGAGUAUGGUGCAGUGAGUGUGGAUCGAGGCUCUAAUGUCAAAGGUUUCUGACGCUUCGUGGAAAGCUGGUAGUGUGAUUUAGACAGAGUGAACAUUGCAAAGGACAUCUCGAGGACAUUGUAAGGACGUCUUACAGGUUACGUUAGCGAGCAGAGACUUCAAGUGGUGAUGCGAACGGAAUAAUGUGGAAACUGAUUGCUGUACAGUUGACGUAAUGUUUUAUGCAGUUGAGUUCCAAUUGCGGUAUGAUUAUUAUCGUACUUUUAUAAGCUUUAAGCCUUCGUUGUUCCCUUUUAUUUAAUAACCAAUCACAAUGAGGCAUACUAGUUAAUGUUUCAAGGAGCUGUGUGUUAUGAUGAUGCACAUUUAUUUUUGCUGUUUUGUUACCGAAAUACUGCAUACAGCCUCACUAAAAGUGUGGUGCAGUUCAAUGUUGAAUUUUUAGACACUAUAUAUUAAAUAUUUUAACCGUUAAUUGCUCCUAACGAAUUGUUGUGUACAAUAAAUAACACUUUUAGGGACUCA